UCUUAUCUUUUCCUUGUUUCUUUCAUUUAGAAUAAGCAAUUCCUAAUACAUUCAAAUUCACUUUCGUUUUUCAAUUCAAGUACUUAUCAGCCAAAAAUAAAAUGGCUACGGCGACACUGCUGCGACACCCCUCGUGGGCAUUUUACAGGAAUUCAAGCAAAUUGGGCUUUCCUGCCUUUGCUUCCUUCUCGACCACCCGGCAGCUGGCAACCGACCAUAACAUUGCGAUUGUAGGUGGCGGAGCAGCUGGUCUCUACACAGCCUCACGCAUCCUAUCCAACUCACCCACAACGCGCAUUGACAUCUUCGAGCAGCUGCCGACCCCACAAGGACUAGUCCGCUACGGCGUAGCGCCGGACCACCCGGAAGUGAAAAACUGCACGACGAAAUUCAACCAAGUUCUGCAAAACCCACAGGUACAGUUCUACGGCAACAUUCCCGUGGGCACAGAAUCAGAUCACGGAUGCAGUGUGCCGUUGGAGCGGCUGCGGUCUGUGUACGGCGGCGUGGUGCUGGCGUAUGGGGCCAGUAGGGAUCGGAAACUGGGGAUUGAGGGGGAAGAUGGGUGCGGCGGUAGAGUCGGGGUGGUUUCGGCUAGGCUGUUUGUCGCCUGGUAUAAUGGCCUGCCGGAGGCCCAGGAUGUACAGUCGUUCGACCGCGUGGUCAUUGUCGGACACGGAAACGUCGCCCUGGACUGCGCCCGCAUUCUGCUCACGGAUCCUAAUGACCUGGCCCGCACGGAUAUCACUGAGCGCGCUGUGGCUGCUUUGAGGAAAAGCAACGUGCGGCAUGUCGAGAUGGUCGGCCGCCGUGGGCCCCUACAAGUGUCGUUUACAACAAAGGAGCUGCGCGAAAUGACCAAGAUCCUGGGACUCGAGAUUAUCUGCGACCGCAGGUUGCUCGAAAGCGAAUGUGGGGGGGAGGAGGGCUCAAGACCGCUUAAGCGCAUGAUGGAUUUGCUUUUGAAACACUCUGUUGAUCCAAAUUCUCCAAAGCCCAUAAACGAGAAUGAGCUGGGUGCUGGUGGUGUGAAAGGGAACAAGACCUUUACGUUGAGAUUUUUGCUGAGUCCGCUUCGGGUGGAGGAAGGCCUGAAGCCUCCGCAGGUUAUGCAGUUUGCGGUCAAUCGGCUCAGUGGUCCGCCCGAGAUGGAUAUUGCGUGCUGCAUGGCUUUGCGCAGUAUCGGGUAUGCUAGUACACCACUAGUGGGCGCGCCGUUCGAUCACAAGCGCAAUAUUGUUCCUAAUAUUGCCGGUCGCGUAACCGUUGAUCAGAAUGAUCGGAAUGAUCUGGUGCCGGGGCUAUAUGUGUCUGGGUGGGUUAAGCGUGGGCCCGUGGGCGUUAUUGCCACUACGAUGCAAGAUGCGUAUCGCACGGCGGAUGUGGUUUUGAUGGAUAUGCGCGAUGGGAAUAUUGGAACCGGAUGCCGUGCGGAUAUUGACAACACUUUGCGGUCAUUGGGUGUUGAUGCUUGCAGAGUGUCUACCGAGGGGUGGUUGCGCUUAGAGGCGUAUGAGGCUGCCAGGGGGGAGAAAGCGGGGAAACCUCGCGAAAAAGUUACUAGUGUUGAAGAAAUGCUAAAUAUCAUACACCAAUAGAAUAUAGAAUUUAAU